AUGAGGUUCCUUGAAGUUGCUGCGGCGGUAGCUGCGAUGUCGGGCUCGGCUGACGCUAUGGGAUUGACUUCGCUUGCGCGGGAUCUGACACUGGCGUCGAGUCUGGGGAUUAACUCGGGUGAUCUACUGCGUCAGCGGAAGUCGGUGCAUGAACUUGCAAUGGAGAGCUCGGAUCUUGUCUUAAAAUCUCAAAACGUUUCGAUUCCAAUUGAUCACAAUGAUACCUCGGUCGGUACCUACAGUAACCGCUACUGGGUUAAUGAUGAAUAUUAUCAAAAGGGAGGGCCUGUCGUCAUUUAUGAUGUCGGUGAGUCUGAUGCCGAGUCAUCUGCUCAUUCGCUUCUGGGCAACUCGAACUCAUUCCUCUCCGAGUUGUUGUCAGAGUUCGGUGCCAUGGGGAUUGUUUGGGAGCAUCGAUACUACGGAGACUCUCUUCCUUACCCUGUCAGUGUUGAUACGCCUCCUGAGCAUAUGAUUUACCUCUCAAAUAAGCAGGCUCUCGCCGAUAUCCCAUACUUUGCACAGAAUUUCACAGUCGAGGGCCACGCCGAUGAGGAUCUGACACCUUCUUCUACACCUUGGAUCAUGGCCGGAGGGUCUUACUCCGGUAUGCGAUCUGCUUUUACCCGAGAUCAGUAUCCCAAGACCAUCUUUGCCGCUUGGUCAUCCUCGGCACCGGUCGAGGCCAAGCUCGACAUGAGCAUCUAUUUCGAACAGGUCUAUGAUGGCAUGGUCUCGAACGGGUACUCGAACUGUACUAAGGAUAUCAAAGCGGCACUCGAGUACAUUGAUGGUGAGCUGUCCAAGAACGAUUCCAGCGCGGCGGCCAUCAAGAAGCUUGUCUUCGGCGAAGGCGCUGAGGUGAACAACAAUGGAGACUUCACCGCAGCCCUUGCCGGAGUUUAUGGCUUUUUCCAGGCCGAGGGUCUCGGUGGUGGCACUGUGACUCUCGAAACCGCCGGGCCCCUUGGCUUUGCGCCAUACCUGGGUAACGAGUACGUUGGCAAGCGGCUCGCAUCAUGGUCGGCCUGGAAAGAAAUGGCCAACCUGAACUACAAAACCAACUGCGGCGGACUCGACGAUUCCCAGCCCUUGUCCUGCACACUGAAUCCCAAGUACACCGACGUCACCGACAUCAGCUGGCUGUGGCAAGUUUGCACCGAAUGGGGAUACUACCAGAGCAACAACUUCGGCUCUCACUCGCUUCUUUCCAGUUACCAGACCCUUGAGUACAACCAAGACCUCUGUACCCGACAGUUCCCCGAAGCCGUCAAGCGGGGCAUCAUCCCCGCCUCACCCGAGGUCGACAGAAUGAACCAAGAGACCGGCGGCUGGACUAUGCGCCCGUCCAACAUCUACUGGAGCGGCGGCCAAUUCGACCCCUGGCGGACCCUCUCCGUCCUCGCCACGGAAAGCUUCGCCCCGAAGGAUGUAGCCUUCACCACGGAGACUCCCAAAUGCAACGUGGCGACGGGUAAGGAUUCGGUCUUUGGAUACAUUAUGCAGAACGCCGAACACUGCUUCGACAUGCGAUCCGGGUUCGCUCCGGUGAUCAUAACUGGCCUAGUUGCCUUCCUUGUUCUGCGUCACUUGGUGCAGUUGUAUCACCACUAUACACAGGCCAGAUCCCUGCACUGCGAGGCACCACCACGCGGUGCUUCGGCCUUCUUCGGCAUUCCGGCGUUCUAUCGCCUGACAAGAGCGGUCAAAGAGAAGCGGUGGAUCGAUUAUCUGUGUGAUCAAUUCGCCAUUAAUGGGAAUACCUUCCAGCAGGAAUUCCUGAAUAGGAAGUUGUUGACUACCAUCGAGCCGGAGAAUGUCAAGGCUAUUCUGGCCACCCAAUUCCAGGAUUUCUGUCUGGGUACGCGACAUGAGCAAUUCUAUCCACUACUCGGAGAUGGCAUUUUCACCUUAGACGGUGCGCGCUGGUCGCAUGCGCGAGGAUUGUUGCGACCGCAAUUCAAUCGAGAUCAGGUCGCGGACCUCAGCAUGCUGGACGAUCACAUCAACCACCUGAUCGCAUUGAUCCCAAAAGACCGAACCAGCUUCGAUAUCCAGCGCCUUUUCUUCCUUCUCACCCUGGACUCGGCCACGCAUUUCCUCUUCGGUGAAUCCAAAUCCGCCGUCCGUAGUGCCCAAGGAUUCGCCGACGCUUUCACGACCGCACAAGACUACCUCGCCGCCCGGGCGCGUGCACAAGGUCUCUACUGGCUCGUGAACCCCAAGAAAUUCCGCGAAGCCAACCACCAAGUCCACGAAGUCGUCGAUCAUCAUGUCAAGAUCGCGCUCGAAUCAAAACGAAACCCAGAUAAAAACAAAGAUGAUCGCUAUAUCUUCCUCCAAGCCUUAGCAGCAGACACCGAUGAUCCGAAAAUGCUCCGCGAUAAUAUGCUCAACAUCCUUCUCGCCGGCCGUGAUACCACAGCCAGCCUCCUGAGCUCAACAUUCUUCUACCUCGCCCGACACCCAGCCGUGUUCAGUCGUCUUCGACGUGAGAUAGUCGAAGCAUUCGGGGAUAGCAAAAUUUCUAUCAAAAUAACACAGACAAAGCUAAAAGACAUUCAAUACCUCCGCUACGUCCUAAACGAAGUCCUACGCCUCCAACCACCAGUCCCAGUAAAUUUCCGCGUCGCCACAAAAAAUACCUCCCUUCCCGUCGGAGGCGGUCCAGAUAACCGCUCCCCGGUAUACGUCCGCAAAGGCCAAAUUGUCGCAUAUAAUAUCUUUGCAAUGCACCGCCGUACCGAUCUAUGGGGCCCCGAUGCGCGAGUAUUCCGUCCCGAGCGCUGGGAGGAGAAUGCGAAGCAUGGAUGGGAGUAUUUGCCUUUUAAUGGGGGUCCGCGGAUCUGUCUCGGUCAACAAUAUGCGCUUACAGAGGCAAGUUAUACUGUUGUAAGGUUGCUGCAGCAUUUCGAUACACUUGAGAAAGCGGACCCGCAUCCGAGGUCGGAGCCGGUCAAGCUGUCUAAUUUGACUAUGAUGCAUGAUUCGGGGGGUUCCGGUCAAGUUAUAUUCGGCGGAAGUGCUUUGAUUUAUGAUGAACGUGUUCACUGGUUUGUGUGA